AUGCCACCCCGAACCUCCAGCGCCUCAAAGCAGCCCAAGCUAGCUACCACAGGAAAAGGAAGCGCCAAUUCCAAGAAGUCAACACCAGCCAAGAACGUCAAAGCACCUGCCAAACCCAAUGCCAGUAUCUUGUCUUUCUUCAAGAAGGAUGACGGUCUGUUUGUUGCCAAUCCCGGAUCUUCGCCAAUCAAGAGUCAAGAUGCGGUAGAGGAGAUAGAGAUCGAGGAAGAGCAAGAGCCUCGCUACAAUGAGGAAGACGGUCCUAUCAAGAGGCGGAAGCUAUCGCCAAUCGAGGGCUUGGACGAGCUCAAGCCUACGCCCCCAGCUCCUACCCCGGUCGCAGAAGUCAAGGAUGCACCCAUCGCCAAAGUUCUAUCUGGUCCCUUUAUGGAAGAGUCCGACAGCGAGGAUGAAGGGGUCGACGACACAAUACCAAACGACGUACCGGUAACCAUCAAAACAGAGGUCAAACCGCCACCACCGUUGAUCCACCAACCUACUUCCGCGUCAGUAGCAGAUCAAGACAACUUUGGCGACUUCGAGGCAACUGACGACUUUGAAGAUGAUGUUUUCGACGAGGGCGAAGAAUAUGUCGAGAGGUUGUGGAUGGAGCAGGAGCAAAUCAAGCAAGAAGCUGGCGAAGAUGACAGUUUUCAAGACGACUCGUUCGAAAUAUCAGACGCAGAUGCUUCAACAUGUCCCAUCUGCAGCGUCAGCCUGGCUGGAGUAGCAGAGGCCGACGCAGGCGUACACGUCAACAACUGCCUCGAUGGGAACCCGACGCCUUUGCCCGAAAAGAAAGAGAAACCCAAACCAGCUACUAUCUCAUCUGCACAUUUCAAGAAACCCGUCCGUCCAGCGAAACCCGCUCAAUCACAACCUCUUGGCAACGACGCCUCAAGUUCUGCUUUCUCAAAGCUCAUGACCAGUCGAUCUGAGGACAUGGCGUGGGCUAAUGCUGCCGCGGCCGAAAAUGCUUCUCGUGGAAAACCAAGCUACACCCGCACAUGUCCNUUUUACAAAAUCUUACCCGGAACCAACAUCGCUGUCGAUGCCUUCAGAUAUGGCGCCGUCGCUGGUUGCAACGCCUACUUCUUGAGUCACUUCCACAGCGAUCACUAUGUCGGUCUGACGAGUACUUGGUCACAUGGUCCCAUCUAUUGCAGCAAGGUCACUGCCAACCUGGUUAAACAGCAAUUACGAGUCAAUCCCGAAUACGUGAUCGCGCUUGAUUGGGAGGUGCCGACAGAAGUGCCAGGUACGCCAGGAGUUAUGGUGACCAUGAUCUCAGCAAAUCACUGCCCUGGUUCAUCACUAUAUCUGUUCGAGAAGCCGUUGAGCAAAGGCCCAGAUCCAAAGUUGCAGCGUAUUCUGCAUUGUGGCGAUUUCAGAGCAUGUCGCAUGCAUCUGGAGCACCCCUUGCUUCGACCAGAUGUGCAGGACCAUAUCACAGGGAAGAACAAAGAGCAGAAGAUCGAUGUCUGCUAUCUCGACACGACAUAUUUGAAUCCAAAGUAUGCUUUCCCCGAGCAAGAAGAUGUCAUCAAGGCAUGCGCAGACAUGUGCGUCAGGUACAACGACGAUCCACUAGUACUCGAUUCUCUCAAGUCAGAAAGCGCGGGCAUGGCAAACUUCGUCCGGAAAGACUCACAACCAUCUCUUAAACAAGAAGACUCGGAUCUCGAAAUCAAGCAAGAGCCUUCGGAGUCGACAGAACUAAAGCUCCACAACAACGGCAAGCUAACCAGCACAAAAGCUGCCCGGUUGUUGGUCGUGGUAGGCACCUAUUCAAUCGGCAAAGAACGCAUCUGCAUCGGGAUAGCCAAAGCCCUAAAGUCCAAAAUCUACGCCCCGGCNAGAAAACAACGCAUCUGUCGCGCCCUCGAAGACCCCGAGCUGUCAUCUCUGCUCACCACAGACCCGCGAGAAGCCCAAGUGCACAUGACACCAAUCUUCGAGAUUCGCGCCGACACACUGGACGACUAUCGCCAAGGCUACGCCGACCACUUUGACCGCUGCAUCGGCUUCCGACCCUCGGGCUGGAACUACAAACCACCCUCUUCACGCCUCGAUACCCCCAACGUGUCCAAUAUCCUAUACUCUACGUCUUGGAAAUCUGCAUAUUCCAUCAAAGAUUUGUCUCCGCAGCGAGGAUCUACGAAUAGGGCUAAAUGUUUUGGAGUGCCGUAUUCAGAGCAUAGCAGUUUUAGAGAGUUGACGAUGUUUUGUACGGCAUUGAGGGUGGAGAAGAUCAUUCCUACUGUUAAUGUGGGGAGUGCGAAGGGGAGGGAGAGGAUGAAGGGAUGGGCGGAUAGGUGGAUUGCUCACAGAGAGAAAAAUGGAUGUUUUGAGGUCAAGGAUUGGUGA